AUGAUCCCCGUGUCUCUGCUCAUCGCGGUGAUGGCAGGCUGGUGUGCGGUCUACCUCGCUGACACCAUGCUGAGGUCGUCUGUGACCCACCGUAUCAGUUACGAGCUGUGGCUGGCAAGCCGUGGCCUGAUGCUGUCUCCGUUUCACGUUCGAUGGCAAACCACCAUGUUCAACCGGCUGUUCGCGUACUGCGCUCGUAUCCGCCCCAGAGUUCUCAACGUCUGGUUCAACAGUGGCCUGGUUUUCGGUGUGGUUUCUAUGGUGGGGUCAGUGGUCCUUCUGGUCAAGACUUUGCAGCAAACUUUGGCCCAGAUGACCACAGACAAUCCUCGCAUUGGGGGACAGCAGACUCUGCAAGUGGUGGUCCCGGGAGUGAACCUUCCCACCAAUCAGCUUGGCUACUUCUUCGUCGCUCUGCUGCUCAGCGGUGUCAUUCACGAGCUUGGCCAUGCAGUGGCAGCAUUGAGGGAGGAGAGUAAACGCAGGCGCGCGUUCUUCGCCGCUACAGCGCCCCGUCCGGACUCCUCUCAGGACGAGGAGUCUGUGAUUGACUGGGCCCCUCUCGACCUUCCACCCGUGCCCGCGGAGUGGGGUGACUGCGAGGACGGAGAGGUUUCGGAGGUCGGCUCUCUCCUCACGCUGGACGAGGUGGUGUCCAACCCGGAGCCGGACCGCUUCCCGCUGGACCACAUGCCUGGGCUCUACUCCACGGCGGCGGCCAUCAUGGAUGCGCCCCUGCCACCGCAACCGAACCAGAGGGUGGAGGACUUCACCUCUGGUUACGCCACCACUCGAGGGAGGAGGAGGACGCAGCCCACGUUGUGCCCGCGGAUGGACCCGAUCGUCCAUUACGCGACACGUGAGGAGGGCGCGCGGGCUGCACAGCUGUGGCUCAUCAUGGCGCUGAUUGAGGCGUAUAAAGACGCCGCGGGCCUUCACCUCCGCAGGGACUCUCAGGCCUUGGGGACCGCGACACCCUGCUGCUUUACACGGCACAGACAUGACUUGUGGAUUUUAUUUGGGGAUUCUGCUGCUCCGCGUCCUUCAGGGUCUGCAGGUCUGCUCUGCGUGGUCACAAGUGCCCAGAAAGAGAAGGGCUUUAUUCGACCAAAGGAGCAUAUCCAGGCUACAUCAGGGCUCUCUCGUGGGUCCAGAGUGCAUGCAAAUGGUGGCAGGAGAAAAACCCAUGCCUCUCGCCUCCAUGAGACGUCAAGGCUUCCAAUGCCCUGGAAGUCUGGUUUCCCCCAGCCUCAUCUAGUUUCACAUAAUUUCGGGGUGAAACUGGCACCUGAGCAGCAGAGUGGACCAGGCCAAGGACUGCGCUAUGCCCCUGUCAUCGUCCACUACAUCCCACAGGAGUUUGGUGGUUAUCCCAUUAAACGUCUGGGGGAUGAGGAGCCUGUGGCACAAACUACCACCCCCACCACGAGGCGUGCAGCGAGGCCAUCUACUCUACCACAUGUGAGAAGGUACACGUUCCCCCCUCGCCACAAGCAGACUCUCAAGCCACGGAAGCCCAGCGUUCACAAGAGCAGCAAGUGGAUCAGGAUACAGUCCAAACAGCUAACGGGUGACUAG